GAUGGUUCUUGUGAUGGUUCUUGUGAUUGAAUAAACUUGGUGCGCUACAUUUGGCAGCAUGUACAGGCUGUAUGCGCUAAUAUAUAUGUUGACUAUCAUUGUUGCUUCUCUUCACCCAGGAGUAAAUAGAUACAUGUGAGGGCAGAGAUGGUUCUUGUGAUUGAUUUAACUUGGUGUACUACAUAUUUGACAGCAACGGCUGUAUACUACCAAGAGAGCUGAGAUGGUUCAAGGAAUGCAAGUGGCCCAGUGACAAGAGAUACUAAAGUUGGAUUGCCAUAAGCGUUGGGCGCCCUCAAGUGGCAGAAUGUUGGACAAGUCAAGUGAAAAAAACAAUAUCACGUGACGAUGUUUUUCACCACUUUUUGCACGCGGCAGUAGUCUAGUCCGGUCGUCUGCUCAGCUGAGCGAACGAGCUUCUUGAAUCUUGGUGACCCUGAGUGACACAUUGUGGAGGGAAAGACCAGGACUUGAUGUUGAUUGAACCAGCAACUCUUUAGUUUGUGUUCUUCUAAAGCCAUCAGCAGUCUUCAAGAAUCUGUCAUGCAUUCUUGGUUACAUUUUAAAAAGGAUUCCAAACUUUCUGUCAGUUUUUGGCAGAGAAGACUUGACUUUGAUUGACCCCUGCAGCAGAACUCCUCAGUUGGUGUUCUUCUAAGCCAUCAUCAAUCUUCAAGAAUCCCUCAUGCAUUUAGGAUUAUGUUAAGGUGCUCCAUUUGUUGACUGAGAUUGACUCACAAGCAGCUGGAAUGGAAGAACCCAUUGAUGUACAUGUAGCUUCAGAUGUUACUGAUGAGGAUGCAUCGCUCAUCAAACCAAAUGCAAAUCAGAACUCAACAAUUGCAGUGCCAAAAGUCCCUGGUUUGAUAUCAGCUCGAUACACUCUUGCCAUCUUGAGUUUCCUCGGCUUGAUGAACAUCUAUGCAAUGAGGGUGAAUUUAAGUGUUGCGUUGGUUGCCAUGGUGAACACAACUUUGACCAAUCACAGCUCAGUAUGUCCUACUGCUAACAUGUCCCAUACUCCCAAGAAUGGAGAAUUCAAUUGGGACGAGUCAACUCAAGGACAGAUUCUAGGCUCUUUCUUUUAUGGUUACGUCUUUACUCAAAUACCUGGCGGUUUAUUGGCAGAUCGCUAUGGAGCAAAGCUAAUAUUUGGACUUGGAGUUCUUUGCACCGCUGUGUUAACCUUGGCUACGCCGUUUGCUGCCAGGGCAGGGUACCAGUAUUUGAUUGCCCUCAGAGUACUGGAAGGUGUUGGAGAGGGUGUGACUUAUCCAGCCAUGCAUUCCUUGUGGGGUCAUUGGGCUCCACCUCUUGAACGUAGCAGACUAGUUACCAUAACAUACUCAGGAAGUCAUAUGGGUACAGUCUUAGCAAUGCCAAUCUCAGGAUUACUCUCUGAAUUAAACUUCCUAGAUGGGUGGCCGUUAGCAUUCUACGUGUUCGGUACAUCAGCAUUGAUAUGGUUUGUCUUAUGGAUGUUACUUGUGCAUGAUAAACCAUCCAAACAUCCGCGUAUAUCAGAUGUAGAAAGAAUCUACAUUGAAUCCUCCAUUGGAGAUAAAGAUGGUGUGUAUUCUGUACCCUGGUGGAGUAUGAUGACUUCUACACCAGUGUGGGCCCUCGUGAUUACUUUCUUCUGCAGUACAUGGGGCUUUUAUACUUUACUUACAAACUUGCCAACGUAUCUCAAGGUUGUACUGGGAUUUGAUUUAUCGCAGAGUGGUUUCUUGGCUGCUGUACCAUACCUAGCUUUGUGGUGUGUGAUGAUUACCAGUGGACACAUUGCUGACUUUCUCAUCAGUCAUCAGAUAUUUUCAACAACCACCACCAGAAAGAUAUUUACUGCAUUAGGGUUAACCUUGCCAGGAACCUUCCUUGUCUUUACUAGUUACGUUGGAUGUGAUCACACAAUAGCUAUGACAUUGCUGACACUCUCUGUUACCUCGUCUGGCCUGAAUGGGUCAGGGAUUUCAGUUAACCAUUUAGACAUUGCUCCUAAGUAUGCCGGCUUACUCAUGGGGAUUUCUAACAUGGUAGGCAGCAUACCUGGAUUUCUUGGCCCAGUGGUUGCGGGUGUACUCACAGAAGAUAUGGAAACUUUCCAGCGUUGGAGUGUGAUAUUCUGGAUCUCAUUUGGGACCUACUUACUUGGGACGAUGGUUUACGUCUGUUUAGGAUCAGCAGAGAAGCAACCCUGGGCUAUGGAUUCACAAGAAUCAUCAGCGAUAACACAUCAAGACAUCAAUCCUUCAGUACAGAAUGAUGCAGGAAUAAUCAACGCCUAGAUUGAUCUUGACUGUCAGGCUAAUCCUUGCCAGAUUGAAUGUUAAAGGUAUGAUGCUAAAUAGACCAGGCAAGUCUCACAUGUUUUCAAACAAUUCCGGAGCACUUUAGCUGCGCGUAAAUUGCUUUAGCGCAUGAAGGAAAACAAACUCACACACUUUAACAGGUCCCAGUGAUCGAAUACAUGCAAGACUUGCUCAUUGUUUAAUAAUAGCAGGAAUAAACAUUCCAUGACAGAUUUACAAUCUGAAAUCUUCCUUUGAAAUUCUGUACCAGUCUUAGAAAUAUUUUUGCUGAACUAUGCACUAAUUUUUAUUUUUAUUUGCCAUAGACGCAAAACGAGCGUUCAUUAAUUCAAUAUGUUCUAUAUUCACAAUAUAAAUUGUUUAUUAUUAUAUCUUUAUAUAUUUUUUUAAAUUGUGCCCACCAGGUGACCACUUUAUUUAAUGAAGUUUGACUGGUUAAUUUUGUCACAAUUUCAUGCUCUACAAUCAUUCACAAAAUAUUCACAAAAUAUUAUCAUUCUAUUGGACUCGCACAAAAUGAAAGCACACAAAGAAAUAUUUCGAUUGAGAGUAUUCAGUGCAGUUCAUGCUUACUGCGAAUGCGAUAUUCAAUUAAGACAGGACAAAUUCGCAAUGAACAAUUCGGGUCAGUUGACUUGUGCCCAACUCCUGCGAAACAUUCACUGGAAACAUUCACUGUGAAAACAUAAUAAUCAUCUGCCACUACAGAUCUUAUAAAGACUAAAUCUUGCAAAUAUCUGGAAGAUUCUUAACUUAAAUGUAUACCGUGGAUAAUUAUGCAAUCUGAUUGGUGGAAACAAUUGAAAUCAUUGGUUUGAAGUCAUUGGAAAAGAUAUGGUGUAGCAUGGCUUGGUACUCAUGGUUAAAGUAAAAUUUCUGAAAUAUGUCUAACAGUAUUAAUGUUUUUUUUUUUUAAGAAGUAAACAAUCGACAAUAGUGAUACAUUUGUUUAAAAGAAAUUAUAUAUUUUUUAUUAACUUAAGGCUAUUUUAAUAACUUUAUAUGUGUAUAGUUAAUGAGUUGAAUAAUUAGGGGAAAUUAUUUUACUUAACCAGAAUGUUAAAAGUUAAAGGGGGCUCCAAGGUCAAAUUCAGUAAUGUGAGCGCUUACGAAAAUAAUAAAUAAUAAUAAUAUCAAAGUGUUAUGUAGCGCUCGUAUCUAAGAAAAAGUUACUGUAGGCGCUGAGUAUAUACAAACUUUCAGAAAGAUAGGUUUAAUAUUGAAGUUAUGAAUUCUGAGACCCAAUU